ACACGCACGCCGGGCUUCGCUAUUUCGAUAACAGUAUACUGUCUGGAGAGGAGAGGCAGUAAGCGCUGGCCAGCAGACGUAUAUUUCUCCUUUACUCUCUACUCUCUUCCUACUUCCGCCCCCAAGCGCUGCAGCCCUUUAUCUGCGAGCAAAGCUAACGGAACAUGGUCUCUCUGCUGCAGAGCGAUAUCGAUUUCACGACGACCGCCGACCCUGAUAUUAUUACAUUGAGACCUCUCGAAAGCGACCUUGCAAAGCUGGGUUUGGAGCAGCAGCAGCCCAUUUCACCGCCAUCGUCCCUGGAGAAGUCUAGCAGGAGGCCACCAGGCGCUGACGACAGCUCAUUUCUCAUUUCCGGCCCUCUGCUGCCCAUCCGGCAAGCCAGGCGCGGAGUGCCCAACAGCAACCGCAACUACAGGAUUAUUGGGACACACACAUUCAUGGCAUCAGCAGAGCUACAGUCGCAGCAGGCUGACAUUGUCACGAGCAUGCUGGAUAGCAGGUUGCGCGGAUUGUACGCAAAGCGAGAUGGCCGACCCCGAGAUGCAGCAGCAGCAGCAGCAGGAGCAGUACCAUCCGCAUGUCGACGAGCCGGUGCCGAGUCUGGUGGAUUCGGGCAGCAGCAGCAAGUCGUCGUCGGCAAUGACAUCGAUGUCUGUGCAGAGCGAGAAGCCAGCGGCAGUACCGCCAUGUCCACCGCGGUAGCCGCGAGCGCCUGUAUGACAAGCACAACCCACGCGAGGUGCCUGAGCUGCCGAUGCAGCACAUUAGUCUGCCGGCAAAGUAUAGCAACCCGCAGCUAACCAUCGGGAAGUCGGACAGGCAAGCAAGGUGGCAGCGUCGUAUGCACCCUACAGCCAGGCCCACGGUCUUGAGCUCGACGGGCGCAGCGGCUACAGUCAAGGUCAGCUCACUUUUGCCUUCCGCCCGCCCAUCCCAACCU